AUGGUGGUCGUCAAUUAUCUGCUCUUCGAGAGCGCUGUCGGGUUUUCGCUCUUCGAGGUGGUGCACCAAGCCGACACCGUCGGCCUGGAACUACCCGAGGUCAAAGAUGCGAUGAAAAGCCUGGACAAGUUCGGAAAGAUGGUCAAAUUGCGUAGCUUCAAUCCCUGGACUUCUGCCGCCCACGGUUUGGAGGCCAUCAAUCUGAUCUCCGAAGGCAUCAUGCCAGACCAUCUCAAGAAUACCCUCGAACUUAACCUGCCGCAGACGAGUGGAAAGAAGAGCAAGGUUGUGCUGGGUGUGGUGGACAAGCGGAUAGCUGGCGAGAUCAGCGCGACAUUCCCUGGCGUUCAAUGCGAAGCGGCGGACACUUCUGAGGUGGUUGCUGCCCUUCUCCGUGGUAUUCGCCUCCAUGCGAACAAGCUCCUCAAGGGCUUGCAGGAGGGCGACAUCAACCGCGCGCAGCUCGGUCUCGGCCAUGCCUACUCGCGCGCCAAGGUCAAGUUCAGCGUACACAAGAACGAUAACCAUAUCAUCCAAGGCAUCGCUACCCUUGACGCGCUUGACAAGGGCAUCAACCAGGGUGCUAUGCGCGUCCGGGAGUGGUACGGCUGGCAUUUCCCAGAGCUGAUCCGCAUCGUGUCCGACAACGGUACCUACGCGAAGCUCGUCCUGGCCAUUGGCAACAAGAAGAGCUUGACCGACGAGAGUGUGGACGACAUUGCGAAUGUCAUCAAUCAAGACCAGGACAAGGCCGAGGCCAUCAUUCAGGCGGCCAAGAUCUCCAUGGGACAAGAUAUCAGCGAUACCGAUCUUUUGAUGGUGAAGGACCUCGCGUCGAACGUCUCGAAGAUGGCCGAUUACCGGCGUAUCCUCGCUGAGUCGCUCGACAAGAAGAUGGGCGAUGUCGCUCCUAACCUACAGGUCAUCUUGGGCACCCCGGUUGCCGCCCGCCUGAUCUCCCACGCCGGCUCUUUGACCAAUCUCGCAAAGUACCCCGCCUCGACCCUCCAGAUUCUCGGUGCCGAGAAGGCCCUCUUCCGUGCCCUCAAGACGAAGGGUGCGACGCCUAAAUAUGGGCUGCUGUACCAGAGCUCCUUCAUCGGCCGUGCCGGCCCCAAGAUCAAGGGCCGGAUCUCCCGGUACCUCGCCAACAAGUGCUCGAUCGCCAGUCGUAUUGACAACUUCUCCGAGAAGCCCACUAAGCGGUUUGGUGAGGUCAUGCGUGACCAAUUAGAGCAGCGGUUGGAGUGGUACGCCAAGGGCACAAAGCCCAUGAAGAACAUCGACGCAAUGGACAAGGCGGUCAAGGCCGUUCUGGAUGAUGGUGACGAUAUGGACAUUGACGAGGAGAUGGUUGAUCACCCGCCCGCCAAGGAUAAGAAGGAAAAGAAGGAGAAGAAGAAGGACAGCAAGAAAGAGAAGAAGGAGAAAAAGCGGAAGAGUCUCGGCGGUGAGGACGUUGAGAUGGCAGAUGCCGACGAUGGUGAGAAGAAGAAGAAGAAGAAGAGGAAGUCCGUGGCUGCGGAGUAG